AAUUAAUUCUUAAUUUUACCACUCAAAGAAAUUGCGUCAUGAUUAAAAAGCUAAAUCUAUAUAAUGCGGUUUACUAGCUAGUUGCUACUCAAAUUACCCAACACUAAUAUAGUAUAAUAAAGUCAAGAGAUACAGUUGGCGGCUGACUUGUCUGCAGUGGAGUGGCAAUAUUACACAUUCAAUUUCUGAAUCGUUUGCUAAAGAAACUAUUGACAUCACUAUUCGUUGUUCGAAAAAUGUGCCGUUGUCUGUUGUCUAAGCGCUGGUUKGUGGCCACCGUUGGCCGCACUUACGACGUUUCACAUAGCCAUCAUCGUCUCCAACGGUUCUACUCGAAUAGGAACGUGUUGAAGUUGUAUGAACGACAAAUCAUACAAAACAUGUUUCCCGAUAAUUCUAGCAAUGAAAUAAUUGAUUUAUUGACAAAGAGAAACCAAUGUGUUUAUGCCGGAUUUGACCCGACAGCGGACAGUUUACAUAUAGGAAACUUACUUGUAAUUAUGAACCUAUUACAUUGGCAGCGUGCCAAUCAUAAAGUUAUUGCAUUGAUUGGUGGCGCCACAGCUCAAAUAGGUGAUCCAAGUGGAAAAUCAAAAGAUCGUGAUAAACAGUCUUCACAAAUGUUAUUCCAUAACAUUAAAGGCAUUACCCGCAGCUUACAAUCCAUAUUUGACAAUCAUGCAAAAUACUUCUGGAAACAAAAGGAUCCUCUGCCAGAGCCAAUAAUAAUUAAUAACAUGGAUUGGUAUGAAGGUAUUGGGGUCAUUGACUUCAUGAACAAUAUUGGUCGACAUUUCAGGAUGGGUACCAUGUUGUCCAGGGACAGCGUUAAGACACGUCUAUCUGGUAGUGGUAUGAGUUUUACCGAGUUUACUUACCAGACUUUUCAAGCUUAUGAUUGGCUACAUUUGUUUAAAAAUUACAAAUGUUUAUUUCAAAUAGGUGGAAAUGAUCAAAUGGGAAAUAUUAUGUCUGGUCAAGAACUAAUUAGUCGACAAGAAAAUGCCCAAGUUUAUGGACUUACAGUACCAUUAAUAACCACAGACUCUGGGGAUAAAUAUGGUAAAUCAGCUCAAAAUGCUGUAUGGCUGAACUCAGAUCGAACUUCACCUUUUGAACUUUACCAAUUUAUGAUACGCACAAUAGAUGCUGAUGUAGAGAAACUGUUAAAAAUGUUUACAUUCCUUUCACUACCUGAAAUAGCUGAACUGAUGAGAAGACACAAAGCUACCCCCGAUAAACGGAUUCCUCAUGAAUCAUUGGCACGUCAAGUUACCACUUUGGUACAUGGAGAAGAGGGUCUUCAAGAAGCWUUAGUAGCAACAUCGGCAUUAUAUGAUAACAGCAUUGAAACUCUUAGUACAUUGAGUGUUAAUGAUAUUUUAAAAAUAUUUAAUGGCGCAACUGUUGUUGAACUAAUGCUUGAACCUGGCCUAACUGUAUUGAAAAUGGCAAUGGAUGCUAAAUGUUUUCUGACAGAUAGGGAUGCAUAUCGAAUAAUUUCAGCUGGUGGAUUUUAUAUUAACCAUCAAAGAAUAACCAAAAUAGAUGAAAUUGUAACUCUAUCUAUACACAUUUUACCUAAUAAAAUUUCUUUAGUGAGAGUUGGUAAACGAAAUUAUUGGAUUGUUAAGUGGAUAAUGUAAAAUAAGAAUAGAUCAAGACUGCUGAGAAAAAAGAGUUGAUAUACUAGAUAAUAAAAAUACAUUUUUGAAAAACAUAAA